ACAGACGCUAGCUAGCAACUUGUUCGACUCUCGGGAGUCAAAGACCUGCUGGGGCCAUAGUAGUUUUCCACCGUCCACCCAAACGACGCAGCACUGCAGCGCCGAGACGGCCAGGCGCGUGGAGACGCCUCCAAAAGAGCACAGCACAAAUGGCCCAAUUGGCCGCAUGGCUGCUCCUAGGCUUCCUCUGCUCGUCGCAAGCGCUAAGCGGUGGCUUCGGCGCGCCAAAGGCAGCGAAAAGAAAGAAGAAAAAGCGACGCGCGCCCGCUGCGGCGCCAGCGCCUCCGCCGCCGCCGCCGCCGCGAGCUAAGCCAGCAGCCAAGGCUGGCGCUGUCGACGAGCUCGCCUCCUUGAUGGCCUUGCAGUCCUCGCGCGCCGCCUACGAAUCACGAAUCGCCCAGCGGUGCGAGUCCAUCGACCUCAAACCGGGCAUCGAUGGCGGUCUAGCGGUCAUCGACGAUCUGCUGGGCGCGGAGGCUUGUGCACAACUACGUAGAGAAGCUGAGCGCGUCCACGCGGACUUUGUGCCCGGAACUCUCGACGAGGCCGACGUCUCGAACACGCGAGCCGAGCUGAUCCGGCCCGAGGACUUUGCGACGCGGCCGCGCAUCGUGGGGCUGGCGCUGUCGCUCGCCGCGGCUCUGCGCGAGCCACUCAUGAAACACCGCGGCGGCGUCGAGCUCACGUCGGACUGCGCGGCCAACAUGCUCUCGGUCUACGCGGCGGGCGGCGCGUUCCCGGUCCACGUCGACAACCACGGCGGGCCCGACGAUCGACGACUGUACGGCGCCAUCUACUACAUGAAUCCCGACCUCGAAGAAGGCUCGGGUGGCCACUUCGUGCCGCACCGACGGAAGGAACGCGACGUGCUGCGGACGGCGGCCGACCUCGAGCCGCUCGAGCCCGUCGCCCCAAAGGGCGACCGCCUCAUCAUCUUUGAGGCCGACGCGCUGGCGCACGGCGUCGAGGCCUACCGCGACGCGGCCUACUGGAGGUACGCGCUGACGGUGUGGAUCCUGGCCGCGGACAACGUCGCGGACCUCGACGCGGCGCGCCGUGACGAAUGGCGGCCGCUCUCGCCGACGGCGACGCACUCGUCGAUGGCGGACGCGGACCGGGCGUCUUCCUGA